AUGGCGACUGAUAUUACAAAAGUUCUUCAAGAUUUGGUAGAUCUAUUAGACCUGACAUUUGGAGCAAAUAAUAAAGAAAAAAUUACCUUGGUAGAUGAAGAAGAAACUACUAUGGAAUUUGAUA